AUGACUCCUCGUUCGUCGGGAAAACAACCCUGCGAUGCCGAAAGAUAUUGGGGAUGUUCCAAGUGGGCCAUGAACCAGAUCUCAUUUCCAGAUGGUAAAGAGGAACAACGGCUCGCUAAAGAUUGCAAGGUUUCGAAGUCCGUCGAUUCUUGCACAAAAUACACGGAGAUUGGAGGAUGCUCGGACGACCUAAAGCAAAGGUUCCAAUAUCUGAAAAGUGAUUUUGCUUCACUCCGUUCACACUUGUGCGACCCACACCUUCAUACCAGUAUACUUGAGUGGAAUCAGUGCCUGAACAAAAGUGCCUCCCAAUCCUGCUUGGAGCUUCUGCCUCAAGACCUCUGCAGUACUGGCCGUUAUAAUUGCUUCCUGAAUGCGACAACAAAGUGUACUCGAGACAGUCCUGCGAUGAAAGCCAUGCACGACUCGUUCAACAUUCAUCUUGACUUGAAGAAUUGCAGCAGAAUCGACGGCAACGACGGGAACGGUGGCAUCACCACUCCUCUUGACUUGAAGAAUUGCAGCAGUAUCGACUGCAACGACGGGAACGGCGGCAUCACCACGAGCCCGAAGAUUUUGCUGAAAUGGGUUGCCUUAUGCAUUUCGCUCUUCCCUUUACGAAAAUAA